UAACUAUCAAAACCCCAAAAAUCACAAAAACGAACCAAAACCCAGAAAGUAUAAAUCAAAGAAACCAAACAAAUAAAUAACGAAAAUCGCCCCUUUAUUCAAUUUCGUCAAGAAAUACCCUAGUUUCAUAUGUUCGAUUUGACGGAUUUCAAUUGAGGGGGGUUUUUUUUUUUGUUUAAUAAGAUUGAGAAAUGGGCGCAAGUCGAAAGCUGCAGGGAGAAAUCGAUCGGGUUCUUAAGAAGGUUCAAGAAGGCGUCGAUGUAUUCGACAGCAUUUGGAACAAGGUUUAUGAUACGGACAAUGCGAAUCAGAAGGAGAAAUUUGAAGCGGAUUUGAAGAAGGAAAUUAAAAAGCUUCAAAGAUACAGAGACCAAAUUAAGACAUGGAUCCAAUCCAGUGAAAUUAAGGAUAAAAAGGUUAGUGCCUCUUAUGAGCAGGCUCUUAUGGAUGCUCGGAAGCAAAUUGAGCGUGAAAUGGAACGAUUUAAAAUCUGUGAGAAGGAAACUAAAACAAAAGCAUUUUCAAAAGAAGGCCUGGGCCAACAGCCUAAGACGGAUCCGAAGGAGAAAGCUAAAUCAGAUACAAGAGAUUGGCUGAACAAUGUGGUGAGCGAACUAGAAAAUCAAAUUGAUAGCUUUGAAGCUGAAAUCGAGGGUCUCUCUGUAAAAAAAGGGAAAACAAGGCCUCCUAGACUGACACAUUUGGAGACGUCAAUUGCUCGACACAAGGCUCAUAUAAUGAAACUAGAAUUGAUUUUGAGACUACUGGACAAUGAUGAAUUAAGUCCUGAAACAGUUAAUGAUGUUAAAGAUUUCUUGGACGAUUAUGUUGAGCGUAAUCAGGAGGAUUUCGAUGAUUUCGAUGAUGUUGACGAGCUUUACAGCUCUUUACCUUUAGACAAGGUGGAGUCUCUUGAAGAUUUAGUAACAAUUGGCCCUCCUGGUCUUGUUAAGGGUGUCAGUGCCUCCAAUGCAGUUUUAAGCAUGAAAAAUCAUUUGGCUACACCUGCUGCUCAAGUACCUGCUACAGCUACAUCUGCCAAUCAACAAGGCGCUUCUCCCCAAGAGCAAGUUGAGGAAACGGCAACCCAGGACACUACUGAUACUGUUGCAAGGACUCCCCCUCCUAAAAGCAGUUCAGCUGCUGCUUCUGCUCCACCAACACCAGUAGGAAGCCAUUCCAAUCCUGGUAUUGUGAAAGCUACAAGUGACUUCGUUGGUGCAUCAACUGCUUCCUCUGGUCAUUUGGGUUCAAGUUCUUCAACUGGUCUCUUAGAUAAUGCAGGCGUUCCAUCAUCUCCUGUAAGUGUCCCUUAUUCAGUAAAGGAAGAAGACAUUACAAGUUUCCCUGGCCGUAAACCUUCCCCAGCUCUUGCUGAAGUUGGGCUACGAGGUGUUGGUAGAGGUGGAUUAUCCAACCAACCAUCAAGUAGUGUCCCUAUCAGUUCUGGAAGCACAAUUUCGAGCAAUGGAGCCCUUGGUAGUGUAACGUCAGGUUCUGAAAUGGCAAAAAGAAACAUGCUUGGAGCUGAGGAAAGACUUGGAAGUAGUAGCAUGGUGCAAUCACUUGUAUCUCCUCUUGGUAAUAGAAUGAUCUUGCCACAGGCUGGGAAAACUGGUGAUGGAAUUGGCUCAGCUGAUGCUGGGAGUGUUGGUGAGGCUGCAUCUAUGGCUGGGAGGGUGUUAUCUUCUUCUGUGGUUCAUGGUAUACAAUGGAGGCCUGGAAGUUCCUUUCAGAACCAGAAUGAGGUGGGACAAUUCCGUGGAAGAACUGAAAUUGCUCCUGACCAGAGGGAGAAGUUUCUGCAGCGGUUUCAGCAGGUUCAGCAGGGUCAAACUAACCUUCUUGGCUUGCCUCUUAGCGGAGGGAAUCAUAAACAAUUCUCUGCUCAGCAACAGAAUUCCCUCUUGCAGCAGUUCAAUUCCCAAAGCUCCUCUAUCUCGCCUCAACUUGGGGUUCAACCAGCUGGUCUUAACAGUGUUCCAUCAUCUCCCUCAUUGCAGCAGCAGCCCAUUCCAAUCCAUCAGUCGUCAAGUCAGCAGACUCAAAUAUUGGCAGGGUCUAGAGAUGCUGAUGUUGGUCAUGCAAAAGUGGAGGAGUUGCAUCAGCAACCUGCAGUAUCUGAGGAUUCUUCUGAAUCUAUUGGAAACUCUGGACUUGUGAAGAAUCUGAUGAACGAGGAUGAUAUGAAGGCUUCAUAUGCGUUGGAUCCUCCGGUAUGUAUAUUUUGUUUUUAUUAUUCUUUCCAAAAACUUUUCUGA